GCCUGCGCGUGCACAACUAAGAUGGCGGACUGUCAAGAGAGCGAGGUGGUGUUUACAAUCGUCACUUGCCGAAAUUAAUCGCGAAAACUGGCGUUACGAUACAAUUACGUGCGCGAUGUGGCGCGAGCUUUGGUCGCGCGUCCUUUUGACGUGCGCAAUUGGCGUUUGUUCGGUUCUCGGUGAUUUCGGGCUCAAGUACAGCAAGUACGAGUCGACGCGCGCGGCGUUUGACAAUGCGACGCACGCAACAGUGGGUGGCCUCACGUGGAUGCUGAUCGUCGUCCUUUCGCAAAAGCCGAUCGCGCGCAAUCUGAAUAGUAUAUUUUCUUGCUUCGUACUAGCGUCUUUUAUCGAUCUGGAUCACUUUAUCGCGGCACGCAGUUGGCAUAUCCAUGAUGCCACGCAUUUACAAAAACGGCCCUUCCUACAUUGCACCACCAUUCCUAUUUUACUGUGGAUGCUUUUUAUCUCCCUCGCCAACACUUUCCAAUCUCCUCUAUUGGAACGCACUUCCUGGAUAAUACUAGCUGCUUUUUUAAGUCAUCACAUACGAGACGGUACCAGGAGAGGCCUGUGGUUCUGUCCCUUCGGAUCUACCUCUCCUAUUCCUUACUACUUGUACGUGAGUCUCUGUAUGUCCCUUCCUUAUAUAUUACAAUGGCUUAUGAGCCUACACACAUUUGCGCCAAAGAGUAAUAACGAUAUUAUUCUCAUUGAUAUAUGAAACUUUAUUAGCAAGCACAUAUUGAUUAAUGAGUGCCCAUGUUAUCGGAUGUGCCCAUGUGCCUUUUUAAAGAUAUAUGAAAACUAUUAAGUAUUCAAUAAUCAAUUAAAAACAGUGGUAGUCCAAUAUCCAAACUUUUAUAGUUUACAAGCGAUUGAAGAUGAAAAGAAGAAAAACUACAAUAGAAUGAAGCUCUCUACAAAUAGAUAAAAAGUCAUUUUUUAUUAAAUUAAACAAUCAUAGGUAUACUUUAAUUUAAUUUUACGAAAAAAAUUGCAAUCAUGAAUGAUCAUAAUCUAUUUUAUUUGUUUUUAUUUGAAUACAGAUAUUUAAUUAUUUUUUAAUUAUUUUUUUAAAUACGUAUAUUUGUGCACACAAUAAAUAUUUAGAAAAUGUACAAAAAUAGUUACAGUAUAUUUAUAUAGGGGUAAAAUCAUUAUUAUUAUGAUUUGUACAGGAUCGUCUUACAGGAUAUCCUUAUCUAUGGUAUAUAAAUGUAUAUAUAUUUAUAUUAUUUAAUAUUAUUUAAGUUAAUAAUCUGCAUUUGCUCAAUUUAAUACUCGAUAAAAUUAAAUGCAAUUGUGAUGUUUGACAAUGAUGUAAUAUGCAUAACAACGAUGUUACGCUCACUUGAGCGAAAAGGAAAGUCGGAAUAUUUUUCCAAGUUGCGGAUAACAACUCAACUUAACACAUCCGCGUGCGAAUGACAUACACAUUUACAGCUGCAACAUUGUCGCAGCUGUGCGUGGUUUGUGGCCAAGUCCCACGUGCGUUUGUUUUCUAUGCUUGCCCGUUCGAUGCGUCGUACAUUUCUUAUGUGGGACACUGACAGUUGCAUUUAUAUUCUCAAUAUGUACAGGAAUAUAAUUUUAUAAUUAAUAAUAAAUAGCAGGAUUAGCAUUCACGCGUUAAUAAUAGCCGCAAUAAAGUGUGUUUUAUAUGCUGUCA